AUCUUCGUCGUACGAAAUAUUCCAAUUAACAACAAUGCUUGUUUCGUGUUUCUCCCUCUGUUUCUUCCCUGUGUAGGAACGAGUGCCGUUUUCUUAGUCUACAUCUGUAUGCUAUGGUACGCCGCCAGCUACCAGUCCUCCUCCGACGCCGGUACAGGAAAUUACACAAAUGACCCUGCAAAGACGAACCAAGAAAAAGGUCUGUCCGCAGCUCGAUUAGAUAAACUUCCAAAAAUUACAGGGAAAGAAUUAGUAAUGAGCAAUGAUUGUGCGGUUGUACGGGUCAAAAUCAAAUUAGAGAAAUUCGACAUGCGGAGACAAUUGUCAUCAAAAGCGGUGUAUUUGGAUGAAAUAGAGAGCGAGCAAUAUGCUAUUGUUGUUCCAGGUUGUAACCAUGGAUUUCAUUUAGAAUGUGCUGAUACUUGGCUUUCCAAAAAUCCAGUCUGUCCUGUUUGUAGAACAAAACUUGAGCCUGACUUCUUUAAUCCUCCUGAAAACAACCCUUAUCUAGGCACAGAUCCCGGAGCAAGUGUACGCAGGGAAGUCAUAUCUGGUGGCCAAAGAACAAAUGGUGUAGGAGAUGGAGGAAUCGGCCUACAAGUGAUAUUCGAGAUGCUAUAA